UCGGCGCUUUUCAGCCUCCAGGGUCUGCUCACCGUCAUUCUGCUCUUCAUCUGCACGUGCACAUACAUCAAGAUGAAGUUCCCCACGCUCUUCGACCGCGGCCAGCUCCCAGGCAAACACGAAGGGCUGGGUGGCCUGUGCUGGAAGGCCUCCCGCAUCGGGGAGCGCAAGAGCCAAUACGUGGCUGGCGCACUCGUCGUCAUGGCAGUUCACACGCUCUUCUUCUCUUAA